UAUUUCGCUUACAGAUUUAUGUCCUUAUAUCUUAGUUAAGGAGGCAUUCUACUACUUAGAUGUUAUCUAGAGUAGGCUUGGAAACCGUAAAUGUGCUCAUUAAUUGUUACUACCAAAUAACCCAGAUAUGAAGGGGCUGCUCUUUCACUUCAUGCAAGUUGUAUUCUGAACUCUUUACGCGCUUCACCAUUUCAUCAGUGCAGCAACGGCACUUUUCACAUAUGAAAUCCCUCUGGUAAUCAAUGAUGAUGACAUUUACGGUUUUGCCUUUCAGAAUACGAGUUCGUGAUAUAAAUGAAGCAUUUAAGGAAUUAGGUCGUAUGUGUAUGAUCCAUUGUAAGAAUGAUAAGGCGCAGACCAAGCUAAACAUUUUGCACAUGGCGGUGGAGGUGAUCACCACCCUGGAGCAGCAGGUUAGAGAACGUAAUUUGAACCCUAAGGCAGCUUGUCUGAAGCGACGUGAAGAAGAGAAGUCUGACGGCUCUAAGUUACCACCACCUCAUCUCCCACACCCUUCCAGCAUGGCUCCUCCUUCCCAAACCUGCCCGGUGAUCAUCUAAGCCAUGGAGGUGCUGGACCUCACUAGUGACCUGACCACCACUGGCAGCAGCCGUAGUCCUUCCCACCCAAGGCUACAUCAGGGGUUGUGGAGCCCCCCCAGCAAGGGGCUGGUGUGUACAGCUGAGCCACUCCCGAGGCCUGUGCGAGAGAGGCAGUGUGUGGCGUAUCCAUGUGGCAGGGGAUCGUGACAUAGGGCAAUUAUAUGUGUUUAGUGUAUAUUUUUUAAGCAGCCAAGAGAAUGGCAAGGGAUGGGACAGUUUGGAACAGUUGUUAGGACACCAGGGCCCCUCUAACCCCCCCUGCCCAGUGCAGCUCAGUGUGUGGUCUUCUGCGUGCGAUCUUCCACGACAUAUCUCGCAGCCAAUCAUAUCACAAGGCAGCCUAAGCUUGGUCAUGAUGUGACAAUGGUCGUAGCUUCACUUUAUCUUGAAAUGUGCAAAAUGAAGUUCUACCAGUCUUGGUAUGAAUCUGAGCUCCCAAAGAAUAUAUGCAAGGUUGAGCACUGACUCAAAAUUGUUGUUGAGAAUUGGAAAGUGAUUAUAGAGCGACAAGAUGCCUUGAAAUGUGGAGUGAAGCUGAAUAGUGCAGUGUGAAGGACUGAGUUGGCUGAUACUACUGGCCAUGUACUCUGGGCUGGAGGUGAAGACCGAGCAAUGAACCGACUUCACUAGGUUUAGCAUUGUAUACAUAAUUACUAUACAUUGUGUACAGAAUGACUCAUUAUUUUAUUAAACAAACAUUUUUAGCUAGGUGAUCUAUUCUGAGAAAAGAGUAAUGUAAAGAAUGCACAAUGCUUUUAUGAACAGAUGGUUUACAUCGAGGAUAUUGAUUAAGAAGCUAAAGUUAUAUGGUAGCUUCACUGUGUUGAGCAACUCCUCUUUUAAGUGCAUAAUUUUAGUGUAGUUGUUAGUGCUUCCCAUUUUCCUGUGUUCAUCUGCUGACUUUAUCAAUAAUUUUGAUUUUGUACUCAUUAUUUAGAACUGGAUCCCUGUGUCCACCUUUAAGUCAUGAGUGGAAGGAGGCCAUUCAGUCCAUAGUGCCUCAAUAUUGGUCAUUCUGUCAUGGGGAAGUCAGUGGCAAUUAGUGAUGUUGACUUGUUAUUCAGCUAAGGAAACAGCAGCUUGAAAGACGUUUUGUGUAGCUUUGUUGUUAGGCUUAUCAACUGGUAAUUGGAGAAAAUUUAUGUAAGACUGUGUUAAAACAAAAUUGCAGCUGAAUGUCAUUCAUAAAUUUUUUGUAUGACUUGGCAUUGUUCAGAUGUUACUUUGAUCGCAAAAUGGUGCGGAUUUCUUGUAAGAUUGUCAUUCUAAAACAUUCCAAUUGAAGUGUUAUGUAACUUUUGUUGGUAAUUACAAACCUGGUCAGUGACCAAAUCCCACUCAACUCUGGACUGCACUUUUUUGACAUGUGUAAAUAACAGGUGCAUGGUGGUGUUUUGCACAUAUGUUAUUGUAUUAUAUAUAUCCAGUUCUAUUGGAUAAUUUAUAAAUUUUUUGAACACAACCAUGACCCUGAUUUCAAUACACAGGUUGCUGUAGCCCUACUGCAUCUGACUAUCAAAUUCAUUCAAGGCACAGCUACAUGGAGGGAUCUAAACCUCCAUUGUGAUUGACAUUUGCUUUAGAUUUUUCAAAUUUUGAUUUUUUAUAUGAAUCAGUUUAAAAUUCUGAAAUUAUUAUCUUAAAAGUGUUUAAUACUUUAUAGUGUGUUCUCAACUUUGUAGAUAUUAUGAUGUUUUGUUGAGAUGAUAUUCAGUGACAGGAGCAGCCAGCAUUAGAUUCAUGGACUUUUCCUUGUGCAUUUUUCAAGAUUCAUAAUUAAAUAUUUUAUCUGUCAGAAAUAUUCCAUCCAUCCUGGUACGCCUGAGACUCGCAGGGCCACCCUGCUGUUCCUCGUGUUAACGCUCACUCGGUAACUUCUGCCGGCUCACAACCCUACAUCCAUGCUAACUUUAUUUCCUCCCAGCUGAUAAAGAGGAAGGGGAAUGUUGAGUCC